AUGGAUGCUCUAUUAAUAACGAAUAAACAUAUAUAUAAAUGGAAUCAUAACCAAGUAUGUAAUUGGUUGGAAAAAACAGGGAAAUUUACACCAGAAACUAUCAAAACUUUUAAUUUUCACCAAAUAACAGGAGAACAUUUGGAAGAACUAUGUAAUAAUAAUUCAUUUUUACUAAAGAUGGGAAUUAGUAUAAAUAAUUGCUUAUCAUUUAUUGUUGAAUAUAAAAAACUAAAAUCAAAUGAAGAAAUUAACCAAAAAAACAAUUAUACUCAAAAUUCUGAUUAUGACGCAAAAAAAUCAACAAGACAAAGUAAUAUAAAUAAUAGUUUAGAUUCAACUAUGUCUCAAAAACUGGGUAUUGUCAAAAGACGUAUCAUUGAACAUACCAAACCGAUUGGAAUAGAAAAAAAAAAAUCUUUACAUAAUGUUACUGACAUUUUAAAAAAUAAUGUAUUAAAUCAACUUGAAGAUAUAUGGAAAAACGAAGAAUUUGAUUUUUCAUGUUUAAUCAUUGCUUAUGAAAAGAAAAAUUUUUCGUUAUUGGAAUUAGAUACUUUAGGUAAAAGAUUAAAUUUUCAAUACGAAAUGUCCAUUCUUUUAAGAAAUCUUCACCCAUCAAUGGUAUCUUAUCAAUUAGUAGACGAAAAAUUUUUAGAAAAGAAUGUUGAACAAGUUAAUGAUGCACUAAUGGAUGCACUUAUAGACCAACCAACCAAUUAUAAUGCUUUAUCUGAAAUAUUUAUGGAACAUAAUAUCAAUGGCAUCGCAUUAUUAUCAAUAAUGGAAGAAGAUCUUGUAGAAUCAUUAGGAAUUGUAGAUGAUAAUUUAAAAAACUGUUUUAUAGCUUUUUACAAAUCACUAUUUAAAACUUAA